AUGGCGUUAAUCAACACGUUGCAAAAAAAGAAUGAUGAUGAACCAUUUUAUUUAGUGGAUAUUGGCGACGUUAUAUACAAGUACGUAACUUGGACGUCCAUGAUGCCUGGUAUCAGGCCUUAUUUUGCUUUGAAAUGCCACCCGGAUUUCCAGAUUAUAGCCACUUUAUGUAGUUUAGGUGCUGGUUUGGACGUAGCAAGUGCUGGAGAAAUAGAAAUAGCUAGAGCAUUAGGUCUCCAAGAUGAAGAUGUAGUCUACUCCAAUACUUGCAAGGGAAUUUCUCAUAUAAGGGCAGCAGCUAAAGAAGGUCUGACGCAGAUGUCCUUUGAUAGCGAGGUAGAACUACAAAGAAUUAAGCUUACAUUUCCAAAUGCGAAACUGCUAAUACGUUUGCUUGUGGAUGACUCACAUUCCAUCCUUAAGACAGGUGCAAAAGCUGGAACUCCGUUCAGUAGAGUAUCGCACCUGUUUAAGGUUGCUAAAGAAUUAGGUUUAAAUGUAGUCGGUACAAGUUUUCACAUCGGUUCCGGUUGUCAUGACCCUAGUGCUUUUACGAAGGCCAUAGAAAAGUCUAAAAAGGCCUUUGAUAUCGCGAAAGAGCAAGGCUUGGAACUCAAGGUGCUAGAUAUUGGAGGUGGAUUUCCUGGACAUGCAAACACAUUAUUCGAAAAUAUGUGCCAUGCUGUCAAUCAAGCUAUAGACAUUCAUUUUCCAGCAGAUAGUGGAGUGAAAAUAAUUGCUGAGCCAGGCAGGUUCUUUGCCCAUACUUCUUCAACUUUGGUUGCCAAUAUUAUCGGUAAACGACUUAGAUAUAGUGAUGACGACGUUCAGAUUGAAGGUACGGAAAUGCUAUAUCACAUCAAUGAUGGCUUAAUCGGCUCUUUUCUUGGAACAAUAUUAGCACGUCAAAAAUAUCUUCCACAGCAAUUGAUACCUACUAAAGGAAAAUCUUACCGCAGUAGUUUAUGGGGACCAUCAUGUGGAGCAAUGGAUUGCCUUUUAAGUGACUGUAAUCUCCCAGAGAUGGAAGCCGGCGAAUGGGUCUACUAUGAAGAUAUGGGAGCGUAUACAUCGUGUUUAACCACUAAUUUCAAUGGAUUCAAGAACACAACUAGAUACUAUUACAUAAAUGAAAAAUAUUGGUACGACUUGCCAUUUUCAUCAAUGUUGUAG